AUGACCGAAGUCAUUUUAGCUAAUCGUUUACGAGACCUUGAAGAGGAAUUAAAAACUGAACGUGAUGUUCGAUAUCGUCAAGAAAAAGAAUUAACAAAUUUACGUAUUGAUUUUGACGAAAUAGAACAACAAUUAGAUGAAAUUACAAAUGCACGUGACAGAGAACUUGAAACUAAUAAACGUUUAAAACUAGAAAUUCAUGAUUUACGUCAAAGAGUUGAAGUUCAAUCAACUGAGAAUGAUGAAAAUCAAAAUGCUCUUCGUCGUCGUUUUCAAGAUGCAUUAGCUGAAUUAACAAGUCAAGUUGAAGCAUUAAGCAAAGGAAAAACAAGACAUGAAAAGGAGAGUAAAACAUUUAUUAUUGAAAUCGAAGAUUUAAAAAAUGAAGUCGAAUCAUUAGCAAAAGCUAAAAGUCAAUCUGUAUCAAUAAGUAAAGAACUUGAAGGAAAAUUAAUUGAAAUGAAUGGAAAAGUUGAUGAUGCUAUACGACAAUUAACUGAUGCUAAUUCAUCAAAAGCUCGUCUUGUUGAAGAAAAUUUAAUAUUUAGCCGACGAAUUGAAACACUUGAUUUUGAAUUAACAUCAAUACAAACAUUAUAUAAACGAACACAAGGUGAUCUUGAAGAAGCAAGACUUCAUUUAGAAUCUGAAAUGGCUACAAAUAGAACAUUACAAUCAACAGUAAAAACUUUUCAAAUGGAUUUAGAAUCAACAAAAUUACAACUUGAAGAUGAAAUUGAAGCUAAAGUUGAAUUACAAAAAAUUUUAAUUAAAAUUCAAGAAGAAACAAGACUUUUAAGAGAUAGAUUAGAAAGAGAAAUUGAAUCAAAAAAUGAAGAACUUGAAGAUCAAAGACGUAAAUUUAAUGGACGUAUUAAUGAAGUUCAAGAACAACUUACUGAAGUUCUUGCUAAAGCAAGUAAUCUUGAAAAAGCUAAACAACGUCUUCAAGCUGAAUUAGAUAAACUUAAUGGUGAAGUUGAAAAAUAUCGUAAACGAGCUGAUGAAGCUGUUCGACGUAAUAAACAAUUAGAAAAAGAAGUUGAUGAAUCUCGUCAACGUUUAAGUCAAUUAAGUGCUGAACUCGAAUCAGCUGUACAAGCUAAUCGUAAUUAUCAAAGUGAAUUAGUUAAAGUGAAAAGCUUAAAUGAACAACUCACCGAACAAAUUGAUAUUAUUACACGAGACAAGCGUCGUUUACAAGACGAAAUGGAUGUUGCAUUAAAUCAAAUAUCUGAUUUAAAUACACGUCUUGUCGAUAUGGAUCGUAUUCGUAAACAACUUGAAGCAGAAAAAUUAUCAUUAGGAUCAACAAUUGAAGAAUAUCGUGAACAAAUACAUAUUGAAAUAACAAAAUAUAAUGUAUUAAAUGCUUCGAUUGAUAAACUUCGUAGUGAUUUAGAAAAGAAGAUAGCUGAAAAAGAAGAAGAACUUGACAUACUUCGAUCAAGUCAACGAAAACAAUUAGAACAAAUGCAAGCACAAAUGGAAGAAAUUGAAAUACGUUAUAAAACAGAAGUUAGUCGUAUUAAAUCAAAAUUACAAAAUGAAAUCGAUGAACUACGUCUUCGUUAUGAUUCACUUAAAAAAAUAAAAAGUGAAAUGGAAAAUCAUCUUAAAAAACUUCAAGUUAAUAUUAAAGAAGCACAAGAUCGUCUUAUUGAAGAACAAACAGCACAUGCUGCAACAAGAGAAUUACUCAGUACAUCAGAAAAACGAUUCGGUCUUAUUCGUGUUGAAAUCGAAGAACUACGUGUUUUACUUGAUCGUAGUGAAAAAGCUCGUAAAACAACUGAACUUGAAUUACAUGAUUCGGAACAACGAUUAACUGAAGCAACAUCAUUAGCUAAUCGUGCUAUUGCAGAACGAAGAAAAUAUGAAGCUGAUGCUAUGCAAUAUCAAGGAGAAAUUCUUGAUGUUCGACAAGAACUUAAGAUUGUUGAUGAACGGGCUCGCAAAUUAGCUGCAGAAAUAAUUCUUCGUGAUGAAGAAAUUCGUCAUGAACGUGAAAAGACAGCUGAAUCAGAAGCAUCUAAACGAGCAUUAGAUCAACAAUUACGUGAUUGUAGUUCUAAGAUUGAUGAAGCUGAAGCUUAUGCUCGAGCUGAAGGAAAACGUAUUGCAGCUAAAUAUGAAGGCCGACUUGCACAACUCGAAACUGAAAUUGAUUUAGAACGUGCUCGUUAUCAAGAACUUCUUAAAGACUUACGUCGUAAUGAAAAACGUGUCAAAGAAUUAUUAAGUCAAGUUGAUGAAGAACAAACUAAAGUUCUUUCACUUACAGAUUCAAUUAGCAAAACUAAUGAUAAGAUGCGUAUUUACAAAUCACAAAUUGAAAGUACUGAAUCAUCAGCUGCACAAGUAUUAACACGUGCUCGUCGUCUUGAACGAGAACUUGAAGAUGCUGAACAACGUGCUGAAGUCGUUACAACAACAUUAAUUCGUUCACGAUCUAUGCAUCGUGAUUAUAAUUAA